UUAAUGUAAUCUCAAAUUUUAUUCUACUGAAGUAACUAAACUAAACAUUACUAGAAUUUCAAAAUUUAAAAAGUUUAUUAUAUUUUGUUGUCAUUAUUAAUUGGUUUUCUCUGGAACUAAACACGUUUUACAAAUUUGCAGUGGGUGUUAGUCACUUUGAAGUGGGUAUCGUAUUUAUGCCUUAGUGUUAACUUUGAAUUAAAAAUCAACUAUGCCUAGACGAAAAGAAAAAAAACGUGCAAAAAAAAAUGUUCCGGUUCUAAAACCAUAUAAAUCCGAUACUGAAAUCUAUGAAGGAAUGUUUAUAAAGGCUUCGCCUUCCGGUCUGGCUGAUAUAAUUAACGCACGUGUAAUAACAUGGGGACGCAAUGAGGGUCAAACAAUGUCUGAAGUGAUAAUUUUCAUCAUUGUUGCAGUUGUUUGGUAUGGGUACCACUUUUUCCCGAUCAUUUCCAUGAAGCAUACUGAACAGCAGUUCUAUACAAUAGUGUACACUGCUUUUUAUUUCCUUAUGUUUAGCUUUGUUACAUUAAAGCGACCAAGUUUCCCAGGCUAUGGGACGUUUCCUUUGAUGCUUAAAAUGCUGACGUUUCUCAUGCAACUCUGUUGGAUUGGAUUUACAGUUCAUUUAUCCACUACUUAUACUUGGCAUACAAUCUUAGUCAUAUUGAAUUAUAUCUGUAGAUGGUUUGCCUAUACGGUAGUGUUACUGUUAUCUUUAUUUAAGUGGGGUUCAAAGGAUUUGGUCGUUUCGAUCCAGAGAAGUAGCUUUCAUGUUGCUAGCUAUCUAAUUUUAGCCAUAUUUUGCGUGACUCUAGUUUUACCGACUCGUAAUAUUUGGAAGUAUGUGCGAAGGGAAUUUAAUUUGAUGGUUUAUGGUGUUACUAAAGAAAAAGUGUUCCUAUCAGAGAGCGACAUUACUUUGGAAGAUAGAAUGACUCGAGAGCUAAAUGAUGAUGAGACUCCAACACAUUUUCUUUUGGCAAAAGACAAUGCACUCAUGAAAAAGUUAAGGCGUGAAAAUAGACGUGCAAAUCGUGCUCGGGCCAAUAGAUAAUCAAAGCAAAAUUAAAGCAUUGAAGAUUUUAAGGAUGUCUUAAGAAGUUAUUUUACUUUUAUUCAAAGCUACAAUAGAUAACAUGAAUUACGUUUGAAUAUUUGAGAUGAGUCGAAAAGUUUAGCUAGAUUGGAUGAUAAUUAUGCUGCCCUAUUUGGAAUUUGUGAAAUACUAUUUUGGUGAAAAUUUUUAUUUAUUUGUUUAG